GUAAAUGAUGCUAUAAUUUUAGUUUAAACCUGGAAUUUGAGGAGUAAAAUUGAAUAGUUCCCCUCAAUGGAUAUCACCAUUUGUUGUUUACAUUUUUUUUUUUGCUUAAAACGGAAGUAAUAUAUUUAAUGUUUGCUACUGCCAUGUUGCGCCCUCGUACCUUGCUCUCUUUGAGUAUUGUUUUUCUUCCAUGACCCAUAAUCCUAUCUUAAAUACAUUUAUUUCCAAUAAUUUUAACUAGAGGUGUGACUCAUCACACACUUCAGCACACACAUGUGACUCAUGGAUUAAUAACUUUUUUUUUUUUUUACUUGUAGAUUAAUCCUAAAUUUGUAAUGAUGCAGAGAGGUUACCUCCUGCGUCAUAGAAAUUGCAUGUAUGAAAGCAUUUUGUCUUCCCUGUAAAAUAUAAUGAUGACGAAGAAGUUGUGGUGGUAUCUAAAUGCUUUCUUGGGUGUUUUCUGGCACUACUUCUUUAGCCUGCAUUAAACCAUAGAGUGUAUAGCUGCACAAUUAAUCAUAUAAAAGGCAGGAUCUUAAUUCAAACACCCAUGCAAACUAAAUUAUAAAUAAUGCCGAAUAAAUAAUUUGAAUAUGGUUAUUAAUCCUUUGCGCUGCAUUUAAUUGUGUCUGACCAAGAAAGAGAUUCAGUCUUUAGUCUUUUCAGGCAGUGUUAUAAAUGAUCAAAUAAUACAGAAGUACUCUGAUAACAGUCUGUAUUUCAGAUAUAAACACUGAUGUUUUUGGUAACGAUUAAAUUCACAGUUUAAUGCAACUUGACCAUCAAAAUGAAAGUUGUAGCAAUUACAUUGUUUAACCUAUAGCUGGCAACAACCAGCCAUCAAAAAUAUCUUGCUGAAUAAUUCUGCAAAUAUUAUACAUCUGGUAAUGAAACAUGACGUUUAUAUCAGUGAGUUAUUCAAACAUUGAUUGCAUUUAAGACCAAAAAUUAAAUAUGAAUAUGUGUUGUUGUAGUACAAGAUUAUAAUGUUAAAUCGAUACUUUUAGCAUUAUCAGCAACAGUAGAAGAUAGUGGGAAAGACAAUUUUUCACAGUAUUGAAUUUGUUUGUUUUAGAUGAUAUUUUUAUUAAAAUAUCAUAUUCCAAGUUAUGUUUGUUUAAACGAAAAGUUGCUUGCAGUACUGUUUUAUAAUAAAUAGAAAAGCAAAUAACAUUUGUCUUCUCCCUUUUUGUUGAUCUGAAAAAUCCAUGACUUAAAAAUUGUAAUGUGAUUUAAACCAUGAGAUCUGCGACCCGUUACAUCACCAAUUUUAGCACUAAUUAUAGUUUUGUUAUCCUAACAACAGAGGACAUCAUGUCUGACAUGAUUUCCAGUAAAUACGGUAGUAAUUUUAAAGAAUUGUUAUUUAAAUAGGCUAAUGUUCAAGCAUAUGCUGGAAUGCUUGUUAGCAGUAUUCAAAGAAAAAGAUCCUCAAAGUUUGGAUUGUGCUUUCCUUUCCCAGUUUCUUUUUUUUUUUGUUUUCUUCUACUUUUUGAGGGCUGGAGGACAUAAGUCAUUACGUGCCAGUGUGCUACUAAACAGUCUGGCUUCACACGCUGUCUGUGCUGUGUGUAGUAGCGGCCGCUAGCAGGGCGCUACGCUAACAUGUAGAGUGCCAUGCGCGGUGGGCAGCGGUCCUUGCGACUGACACUGCACGGGCGGGAUCGGGACGCCUCAGGUAGUCACGUCUCUACUCACCGGUAUGAUCAUGAUUCUCCUAAUGAUAAUGAUGAUUUAAUGAUGGUUAUUUCAAUUCUUGUAGCCACUGUAGCUGGUUUGCACUUCUUUUUUUUUUUAACCUCCUUGUUGUCACGCAGUUUUGACACAUGGCCCCGUUGCCAGCCUGUAACCCCUGUAAAGGCCUUUACUGUAGCUUUCACCCUGCGUGAGGGUCUGUGAGCCAGCCUGCUCUGCCCCCCAUAUCUGCAGGCUUCGUCCUGCAGCUGUGAGGAGAGGAGCUUUGCCCCUCCCCUGUGAGUACUCGUCAGAGACACACUCUCUCUCUCUUACUCUCUUGUACCGAUCUGUCAUCCCCCCUCCCACUUCACCAGUCAGUUGCCUUAGGACUCUUAUCCUCUCUAGAGCUUCUACUCUAGCUCAAUAGACUUAUUUUGGUUUGUUUAACUUAAGAAAACACUGAUGUUUUAUACUGUACUGUUAGAAACACACACAAAUACCUUCAUCUCCAAUUGCCAUUGUCUUAUGCUCUCUUUCGUGUUUUGCUGGGGCAUAUUUUGUGCACCGAGCACAGGCUUUUAUAUUGCUCUAGUCCAAUAGAUAAAAUGUUCACACCGAUGUCUGGCUGAAGGCUGUUAAUACAAUGCAAGCACUCUUAAAUCUAUUAAAAUGCACCUAACAUUAAUUUGCAUACACAUACCUUAAUAUUCGGAUGCUGUUGUGCUAAUCUCAUUCACUAAUGUUUUGUCGUCUUGCCACAAUAGUACCCGCACAGCAUGCUUUCAGCUUUAUCACAGCAGUGGUAUAAUUCAGCGCCCAUGCUGUGAGAAAAAUAAUAAUAAUAAUAAUUUUCCUAACAUGAAGUUUGUUUGCAGUUAUGUAACUAAAUAAUGGUGCUUAAGACUCUCUACUUUCAAGAUGUUUACCUCAUUUAAACUUCACUUGAUCUGUAAAAUGCUGUUGAGGAUAGGGCUAGAUGUUCAAGAAGUAAAGCUAUAUUGGUUUUAGAGACCUGUUAUAGACGAUAAACCGCUUAAUUCUUUAGCUUAAAGGGCUUAAUUACUGCUGUGGCCACUCUUUAAGAUGUGCUUAUGGCUUUCUUGUUCAUCAAGUAAGUGUCUGAUUUCCUGAGAUCAGAAGCUGGGCAUUCCUGAAGAGAACAUGUAGUUCGUAUCACGCUGUUGUUUGAGAUUUCAUUUCAUAUAAAACAUAUAACCAGCCAUAAGCAUAUUUUAGGGACGUCCACAGCACUUCUCUUAAAAGUUGAGUUUCUUUAGGGACAAUUUGUCUGUUCUAGAGCCAUUAGAUCUGCUGAAUGUUCUGUGCUCUGAGUUACUUAGACAGUAUCACUUCUAAGCCUGAUCUAGAUCAUCUCUUUUUCCCAGGGUUCACUGCCAUUACAGCAACCAACCCGAUCUGGCUUAUAAAGACCCGAUUGCAGCUUGAUGCCAGGAACCGAGGAGAACGGCGCAUGAGUGCGUUUGAGUGCGUCCGGCGUGUCUAUCAGUCAGAUGGCUUACGGGGAUUCUACAGGGGCAUGUCUGCUUCUUAUGCUGGUAUAUCAGAGACUGUCAUCCACUUUGUCAUCUAUGAAAGCAUUAAACGCAAACUCAUUGAGCACAAGGCCAACUCUAACAUGGACGACGAAGAUGAAUCUGUAAAAGACGCUUCAGACUUUGUUGGUAUGAUGCUGGCUGCUGCCACUUCCAAGACUUGUGCCACAUCAAUCGCUUAUCCUCACGAGGUUAUUCGUACCAGACUACGAGAGGAGGGCAGCAAGUAUCGUUCGUUCUUCCAAACUCUAAACAUGGUGUUCCGGGAGGAGGGUUACAGAGCACUGUACCGGGGCCUCACCACUCACCUAGUCCGACAGAUCCCUAACACUGCUAUAAUGAUGUGCACCUAUGAGCUGGUGGUCUACCUGCUCAAUGGUUAACACAUGGAGAGAGACCAGGAAAGAGAGAGGGAGACAGACAGAGAGAUGAACAAGGUGAGAAAGCGAAAGCUAGAUGGAAACCGAGAGAGAUUGUCGCAGGCUUAGACCAAAGGAAGUAGAACAAAUCCAAGAAACGCACGGUUAACCUAGACCCCCUCAAAAGGGUCUGCUAGUUUCCGAGAACGAGAGGGAUUUGAGUCUGGACAGCAUUUCAAAAAAAGAAACAGACAAGUGGUUUGUUCGUUUCGAAAUGUUUUCUGAGAAGGACAAUCAGAGAGGGGAAUGCUUGAAGAAAAACACAAACCUGGCAGAAGAAAUAACAAAAAAAAAAGCCAUUUCAAAAAUAGUUUUUGUCUGAGCCAUUGCUUUAUAAAAAGAAAAAGAAAAAAAACGAGCCUGUUGGGAUCCGAAGUGACUUUGUAGGAAAGAAAAUAUAUAAAUGAUAAAACAGCACACAAUGGUGUUUUUCAGAUGUGGCACAGUUAAGGGUGUUUUUCUUUUCUUUUUUCGAUCUCACCAUUUCAUAAACAUGGCAUUUUUUGCCUUUCCAGCAUUGGUUGUUUCAAGCAUUCUCCUCUAGAGGUCACCUUCCACUCUUUCCAAACCUGCAGAUGGUUGUCCACGCACAAUUGUCCAUUUGCUGUCGUUGAAUUGAUGGUCACGUGACCCGUGGCCCCUCAUGUGCUUCAAACUGAAGUGUUUCUUCGUUAGGUUCAUGUUAUGUUUAACCAUACUUAUUAUUUUUUUUUGUGUGUGUGCGUUUUUGAUGAUCAUACCGUUGUCCUAAUAUCAGUAUAGUAUAUAUUCGGGUUGCUAUUUUAGAAUUGGGAGAUGUUGUCCUGCUUGCAUCACUGGGCCUUUUUUUUUUUUUUUACUAAGAUGGUGGAGCGUUCUCGAAUUUAUCACCACAGUUCAUUGCUGCAAAAGCCUAUACUUGAAUCCCAGGUGUCGGCGAGAGCCAGAGAUGUAUUUACCGAUUGCUAAAUGGUAGUGGCUAGUGCUAACUCUGAGCAUGUUGCCUACAAACAACAUGCCACUUUGUGGCGAUAUUAUUCGUCAAAAGGCAAUAGUCAAUUUUUUUCCACUUAAGAGUGGGAAUACAAGCCGCAGGGUUAUGUCCCGCUCUCUGGAUUCCUCUAACAGUGGCUUCUGACUGACCGUAUAUGCACUUUGUGGCCUGUUUAGGCUUGCGCAAACCUUUUUUUAUUUUGUUUUUCAGUUUGGGACAAUUUUAAUCUUCUAUUGUAAAACAUAGUGUUACUAUGUAAGCAAGACAGUGUUUUGCUGAACAGUUCCCUUUGGAAAUUCUUGUACAGUUCAGUGUACUAAACUUUUAGUGAAGGAUAUUCUCGUAUGUGUAUAUACUGUAUGUAUGCAUAUCAAAUAUCCAGUGUUCAUAACUUAAGUCCACUGAUUAUGCAGUAGUAUUAUUUGAAUGACUGCAUUUGUUUGUGUGUUUGAUAGCUUUAUCUCAGAAGGAUGUAAUUUUUUUUCUUUAUUUUUUUUUUCUUUAAUUUUUUAUAUAUAUUUUUGAUCAUUUUGUUUUAUCACUCCUCAUUCUGGCCCUUGACUCAUUGCUUGACAUGGAGUAAGCCCACCCACCCUUUAAACUCUUCCAAAAUGUUUUCAUCUAAUUGUUUGUUUACAUUAAUGUUGUCUGUAUGUUCACACCCUCAAUUGAAGGAUCUCAAACUGUUAAUAUUAUCAUUUUUUUACAAUUCCGUUUCCUAUACAUUGGCUUAAAGUGUUAGUUCAUUCCAAAAUGAAACGUUUGUCAUUAUCUACUCGCCUUUCUAUCAUUCCAAACUCCUGCGAAUUUUGUUCGUCUUUUGAACAAAAAUUAAGAUUUUUUUCAUAGCUAAAAGAGAUUGCUUGUCCUUUAAAAAAAGUGUAAUGAUCAGGAAUUCUAAUGCCUCAAAAGUUCUUAAAGGGAUGCAAAUUAUAAGAUUAUAAAUUGAGUGGUUCAGGUCAUCUGAAGAGACAUGUUUGAUGUCAAUCAACAAAUUUAUUCAUUAGUCUUUUUUUAUCUAACGUAUAAACAUUGAUCAGCAAACAGAAGCUCAAUCACACCUGCUUGACCUGUAACAACAAAUGUCAUUGGUUGUUGCGCAUCAAGCAAGCAAACUUUGUUUCUGUGCUAAAUACAUUGCUAUCCAGUCUUUAUUCGGAUUGACAUUUCUUCUUCUUUUUCUUCUUCUUCUACUUCGUAUUUAUUAUAAUAAUACUAAUAAUAAUAAAUAUCUUGAUUUGAUGUCUUUAUUCAUUUGAAGAUGAUUAAAUUAGGUGAGUUUGGAAUGACGGAAGAGCAAAUGACAGAAUAUUGGAGUAAAAUAAUAGUUUAAAAUGAUAAUAUGAGCCUAUUAUAUAAAGCCUCAUGCUGAUAGAUCCCAUGCAAAGUCUUUAGUGGUCCUGUAACAUUUUUAAUAGUAUCAGUAUUUUUUCUAGGAGCAAAAAAUAAAACAAAAGACAUGGUUUUGUUAGCUUCCAUCAUUCAUACGCGAAAGUGAUGUGCAUUUUGGCAUUGUGUUUUCAUACAUACGUUUUUUCUGUCCAGUUUGAGUGCAUUUGGAAUCCUCAGUAUCUGUAAUGCUGCAGAUUACGCUCUGAAACACUGUAAUGCUCAUCAACACACUUUAUAUUUCAUUACUGAUGAUUAUACACACAACAUCAAAUGUUAUGCAAUUAGAGCCGGACUCAUAGCUAACAUGAUUUCGGUCAGCAAAUAUUGCUCUAAUUAUUGAACAGAAAUCAUUUUUGUUUUCAGAAAACUAUUUAAUAUCCUUAAAAAAGUGUUGUUGAUGGAUGAGUAAAGUGAGUGCAUAGAUACUCGUGUUUAGUUUUAAGAAGUAAUGCCCUGUUAAAAAAAAAGUGAUCUCUUGCAGAUGUGAAUGACUGACGCUCUUAAGUUUGCUGUCAACAUAUGCACUUGUAACUUCACAGUCUCACAGAGACUUUAAUGGCAUUAUGAAGAUACUCAAGAACAAAAGGCAUUUUCAGAAAGCGAUGUUGGAACAUUCAGACAGACUUGAGCAUUCAGUUAACUGAGCCUAACUGUUUGACAGAAGUAUUGAACAUGACGGAUUAAUCAUUUCAGAAUCUUCAUUUCAAGUUCAGUGGCAUAUUCGGCAGUUUUCAUGUGUAGUUGUCUGUACUGCGCAGUCUAACAUGACCAACACUAACAUUUUUUUGUUUGUCAACACCUGUUAUUUUCUUUCUGUUUUUGACUUUUUUUUUUGUUUUGUUUUGUUUUAUUAUUAUUAUUAUUUUUUUUUUUUUUAGUAAAUGUGGCCUAUUUUUGCUGGUUAUGUGAUCAUACCUCUUUUUGUACAAACUGUCAAUAAAAAACUAUGAAAAACCCA